UUUUGCAGUUUAAAAAGGGUGACACAUUUGUUUAUGACCUUGAUAGCACACAUGGAACUUUUAUUAACAAGAAACAGAUCAAGGGAAAGGUGUACACAGAAAUUCACGUGGGCGAUGUACUUCGAUUUGGCCAGUCCUCACGGCUCUACAUUUUUAAAGGUCCAUCAGAGCUAAUGCCACCUGAGGGUGAUUUGCAUAAUUUUAGAAAGGUCAAACUCCAUGAAGCAAUUUCUGAUCGGGAAGCAUCACUUUUGCGUGCAAAAGAAGCAGCUUCCCUUGCGAAUGGUAUUUCGUGGGGGAUGGCUGAAGAUGCCAUUGAAGAAGAUCCAGAGAGUGAUGCAGAUGAAAUUACAUGGCAAACAUACAAAGGGCUGUUGACUGAGAGACAGGAAAAAACACGUAGUAAAAUCAUAAAGAGAAUGGAAAAGGUGUCGAAUAUGAAGAAGGAGAUUGAUGCUAUUCGAGUAAAAGAUAUUUCACAAGGUGGGCUAACCCAAGGCCAGCAAAUGCAGAUUGGUAGAAAUGAACAAAGAAUUGCUCAGAUAAUGGAAGAGUUAGAUAGCUUGGAAGAAACUUUAAAUGACAGCAUUCGCGAAAGUAAAAGUGGUCGUGCUAGGAGGUCAAUUGGUGGCAGAUUGAAUGCAGUUACUGAAGAGGAAGAAAACACAGUGAGAUGGUUGGUGGUCAUCUUUUGGAGUAAUAUCUAUGUAUUUACAAGCAUCACUACGUUUCUGUCUAAUGGAGGCAGUGAUUGUUGCAAUUUUGCAAUGAGGCAAGGGAUCCUUUACUCAUUCUAUGCACUCUGA